AUGGUUUCAAGAAGUUUCCUCGCCCUCUGCCUCGCGGCAACCGUCUACGGUCACGGUGACCAUGACCAGAAGUCCAUGUCUGGACCUCACCAGUCUCUGUGGUACAACACCCUGCCAGGUGAUGGCGGCACUCAGGCCGACUCCGUCUUCUCGGGCAUUUCGACCUUUGGCCGUCUACCUUACCAGCCCUGCCUGGGAGCAAAGAACGUGCAGUACGACAUCGCCUUCAUCGGUGCUCCCUUCGACACGGGAACUUCGUACCGUCCUGGAGCUCGUUUUGGACCCUCCGGCAUCCGUCAGGGCUCCCGCCGUCUGAACCUCUACGGAGGAUACAACGUGCCUCUGGCCACGAAUCCCUUCAACAGCUGGGCUACCGUCCUUGACUGCGGUGACAUUCCGGUGACUUCGUACGGUACCCCAACUCAGCCUUUCCUGCCCAACACUAACACCCAUCGUAGAUACGACAACACCUGGGCUCUCCACCAGAUCGAGGAGGGUCACUUCAACAUCCUCUCUCGCAAGCCUGCCACGGACGCUGCGAAGAAGGGUCCCGCGAAGAACGAGCGUACCCUGCCCCGUGUCAUCACCCUUGGCGGUGACCACACCAUCACCCUCCCCCUGCUGCGCUCCAUCAACCGCGCCUACGGCCCCGUAUCCGUCAUCCACUUCGACAGCCAUCUCGAUACCUGGCGCCCCAAGGUCUUCGGCGGCUCCCCCUCCGAGGUCGCCAGCAUCAACCACGGCACCUACUUCUACCACGCUUCCCAGGAGGGCCUCCUCCGCAACGACUCCAACAUCCACGCCGGCAUCCGCACCACCCUGAGCGGACCCAGCGACUACGAGAACGACGGCUACUGCGGCUUCGAGAUCGUCGAGGCCCGCGAGAUCGACACCAUCGGCACCGACGGCAUCAUCAAGAGAAUCAUCGACCGCGUCGGCACCAAGAACCCCGUCUACCUGUCCCUGGACAUUGACACCCUCGACCCCGCCUUCGCCCCUGCUACUGGUACCCCUGAAACUGGUGGUUGGUCUACUCGUGAGCUUCGCACUAUUCUGCGUGGACUUGAAAGCCUCAAUCUGAUUGCUGCCGACAUCGUCGAGGUUGCUCCCGCCUACGACACCAACGCCGAGCACACCACCAUGGCCGCCGCCGACGCCCUCUACGAGAUCAUGAGCAUCAUGGUCAAGAGGGGUCCCCUGAGCGCCAUGUACAACGCGACCGAGUCCGCCUCGGAGGAGUUGUAA